UGCGUCAGACGAUGGUUAAACAGGGCAAGGAGUUCCUCAUUCAUUCCUUAUGUGUUGACGCGCAGCAGCGGGUAUCCCAGGAAGGAAAAAAUAAAGGGGGACACCAUGGAAACACAAGUGAUCGAGACCGGAUGUUGAUAAGGAGCACCAUGACUGCUUCAAAAGACUAAUGAUUUUGGAUCUUGUUACUCUUUUGUACUUUUUGUGUACACCUAUCCGGGUCGGUCAUUUAUUCCCUGCUCCACUCUGGGCUUAUAUAAACCCACCCACCCAUCCACGGGGGUUUGCUUCUUUUUAUUCGGAGUCCCGCGAUGAGGAUGGACACCCGGCUGCUGGUUUGGCUGUGCACCGUCGCUGCCCUGUCGGGGAACCGGAGCCCCGCCGGUGCUGCGGGGAGAAGCUGCGCUGACACCCGGCAGGUGUACUCAGAGAAGGGGUACAGCACCAGCACCGCUCCUGUGACUCAGAUCUCCGGUGAGCACCUGCGACUCUGUCCUCAGGAUUACACCUGCUGCUCCAGUCAGAUGGAGGAGACUCUGUCCCUACAGAGCGAGAAGGACUUCUUGAAAGCCAUCGAAGACAACAGCCAGUUCCUCCUGACCACCUUCACCCAGAGACACCGCCGGUUUGAUGAGUUCUUCAGAGAGCUUAUAGACCUUUCCGAGAAGUCUAUGAACCAGAUGUUUACCAAGACCUACGGCCAGCUCUUCACGCAGAACACACACCUCUUUCAUGAGUUGUUCGUAGAGCUUCGGAGAUAUUACUCCGGGGGCAGUGUUAGUCUGACAGAGGUCUUCUCAGACUUCUGGUCUGGAGUUGUGGAGCGAGUCUUCUCACUGGUCAACCCCCAGUAUCAGUUCAGUGACGACUACCUGGAGUGUGUCAGCAAACACGCUGAACAGCUGCAGCCUUUUGGAGAUAUGCCUCGCAAACUUCGAGUGCAGGUGUCCAGAGCGUUCAUUGCUGCCAGAGCUCUAUCUCAGGGCCUGGCUUUUGGUCGGGAUAUUGUGAACACGGCCACAAAGUUGACAGCCGAUUCAGAGUGUGUGCGUGGCCUCAUGCGUCAGUGGUACUGCCCCCUUUGUCGAGGCUUGCCCUUUCUGCGGCCCUGCCACUCGCUGUGCCUUAACGUGAUGAAGGGCUGCUUGGCCAAUCAGGCUGAACUGGACACAGAGUGGAACAAUUUCAUAGAUGCUCUCUAUCUGGUUUCUGAGAAGCUGGAGGGGCCGUUUAACUUUGAGCUCGCAGCUGACUCAAUUUCCGUAAAAGUGUCUGAGGCCAUUAUGCACAUGCAGGAGAACAGUGUCAGCAUCUCCAGCAAGGUGUUCCAAGGUUGUGGAAAUCCCCGCCCAGCUCCAGCACGGAGCAAACGUUCCCCCAGUGAGUCAGGGGGCAACAGGAAGCCCUUCCGCACCUACACCCCUGAGGAGAAACCCACCACAGCCGCAGGCACCAACCUAGACCGACUGGUUACUGAGCUGAAGGAGCGACUGAGGCCCAUGCGAGGCUUCUGGGUGUCCCUCCCACACACCAUCUGCAACGAUGAGAGGAUGGCUGCCGACGUCACUAAUGAGGACCGCUGCUGGAACGGGCAGAGCCGGGGGAGGUACCUGCCAGAGGUUACAGGCAACGGGCUCGCCAGCCAAAUAAACAACCCAGAGGUGGAGGUGGACAUUGCCCGUCCAGAUGUGAGGACCAAACAGCUGAUUAUCAGUCUGAAGGCGGUGACCGAAAAACUGAAGCAUGCUGAACGUGGACAGGACAUGAACUUCAUAGACAGUGAGGAGGGCAGUGGCUCAGGGGGUGGAGAUCAUGGUGAAAGGUAUAGUGAUGAUUGGCCAGGUUACGGCCCGCAGUCUCCUCCGUACCGCAAACCCCCACGUAACCCCAUCUCCAACCCAGUGAAGCCUCCCCGAGGCCGGGAAAGAAACGGCUCCAAGUGGAGCAGAAACAAUGACCACGGGCGGGUCCGAUCCUCUGCCAUUCUGCACACCUUCUCCCUUGUUCCCUUGUUGUCCUUGCAGUUUGCGAUCACGGUUGCCCCCUUGUGGAGAUAGCUGGUUAUUACAAUCUGGAGGUUUCAUAGGGAGUUCUCUGUCAUGCUGCCGUCUUAAGCACAGAAUUUUAAAAAGCCAUUCCUGUUGGGUAUACCAGCAAGGAAAAAUGAAAAACAAAACAGGCUAAAUUACCAAUAAUCAAAACCCUUUUUUACUGCACUAAAGAAAUCAAAAUAAAAUUUGUUCUCCCCAAUCAACAAAAGCAAGUAUUCCCCAACUUUGAGGCUAUGUUUUAAGUGCCAUUUGUGAGAUUUUGACCUAUUAGAGUUUGAUGCUGAAUGGUGUACUUUAUGCUGAAAGUUGAAGAGAUUUUUUUUUUUACUAUUUUUAUUUUAACGUCAAGUGAAUUAGCACCUUUUUUGAGUGUUUGAGACAGUGGAUCGUCUCGUCUGUGAAGUAGAGAUUAGUGGUGCCACUAGGUUGAAUCAAACCAAGGACAUCUGUUUGGUGCUUUUCUUCCUUUUACUAGGCUGACUUUGAGCCUAAAAAUUACUUAUUUGUCUCAUCUGACAGAGUGCUUUAAUUUCCAUGUUCAACUAGAUCCUAGGAAUAAAAACAAACAUGUGACUCUAAAAAAACCAAACAAGGAGCAGAGUUUGAAUGUAAAGUAUUAAACAAUUUUUUUUUGUAAAAUAUUCUGUUGAUAUACACGGGUUUGAAGGCAGUGGUUGUGUUUUUAUUUAUUUUUUUGUAAAAAACAGUUGUGUAACAUUCUCUGUAAAAAAGAGAAACAUUGAAGUGCAUUCAUCACCAUGAUCUUAGAAUAUAGCUACCAUAAUAUUUUAAAACAGUUGCUAUUAUUUGAAGUCUUCUCUGGUUUAUUCAGACCUAAACAGAGACGGAGAUCCCAUUUUGUGAGUUUUUCUGACUUUCAAGGAAAAGAAACUCAAAUUAUAUCCAGAAAUUCUGGGUUUGACACUGUGGACAAAAAACUUCAGAUAUGGGAGGUUAUUGAAACGUCAUUUUCUGAUUGUGUUGUAUUUCUUGGCUAUUGAAAGGUUACAGAAAUUACAUAAAAGCCUUUUAAAUCA